AUGGCCAAGUCACAGAGGGCCAAAGACCUUAAGAAGAAGGACUUCCAGAAAGCCAAACUUCGCGUCGGCAAGAAGAAGGCCGCUCCCAACAAUGCGACCGACGUCAACUUCAAGUCCAAGGCUCUGGUCCUGUCGACCCAGGGGAUUGGCCAGGUGAAGGGUGAUGUGGUCACCGAAAAGAACCUCACCUUGACGGAUCUACUUCAGCAGCUCAAGCACUAUAGCCACUUGGUUCGCAAGGAGGCCCUUGUCGGCAUCCUCGACCUGCAACAAAUGUACCCAGACCGGGUGCAGGCGCACCUGGGCCCGCUGCUGGACAGCCUCUUCCCCCUGGUGCUGGAUGAGUCGCGUGGUGUCCGGCGAAACCUGGUUGCCCUGCUGGAUGUCCUGUUUGCGGCCAUCUCGGCCCACUCGAUGUCGCCCUUCUUCGAGCGCAUGCAUGCCUUCCUCUCGGCCUCCCUGACGCAUGUCAAUGACUACAUUCGCCUGGAUGCCCUGCUUCUGCUGGAUGUCUGGCUCAAUCGCUACCCUCAGGCCGCCUCGGAGCGCUUCGACGAGAUUUUCCCGCUGCUCAUCUCCAUGCUAUCGUCGGAUGUCGUGUCCCGGAAUGCCCCGACCAAGGCCAUGGCGCCGGCACGCGGGAGCGUCCUCCUGACCGGCCCCAAUCGCCAGCUCGGCCAGGCCAAUGCCCGCGACGCCGUCAUGACCACGGUGCUGGGCCUGCUGCGCGUGGCUUUCGACGCCACCGGGCCCGCCAAUCCCCAGGCCUCCAGGGGUGUGCUCCCUUGGCACGAUGGCUGA